AUGCUGGCUCGUGUCCGUUCCAGACUUGGCUGGAAACACUGCUGUAAGCUUGGACUUCGUGGGAACACGGCAGUGUCCGAGUCGACGUUCAGCCUUCUGCAGCAGAUCCGCAGGACACCUGGCAGUGAGGAGGAGGGAAGUCUCCAAUCAGUGGCCGGCAGCGUCCUUCGCGUCACCCUGCCGGGUCCAGUCUAUGUAGGCCAAGGACUGAGAGUCCGAGAAGAUCCUGCUGUCGUCCUCCGCUUCGACAAGGCCGGGGUGGUGGCGGCUCUGCUGGCAUCUGGCUCGCAGAACCCGCGGCCGGGCGAUGCCGUGGCGCCCAGGGGCUCGUUUGCUCUGACGCCUCGAGAAUGGCCAGCAGCGGUGACGUAUGCGAGCGUCGGUGAAAUUCUGAGCACGGAUGGAAGACCCAGUGAGAGUCUUCUGAAGCUGCCGCCGAAUCCGGCAGUGCCCCGGCGGCGGCUCAUCCGCCAGCGGUUGCCCAGUGGUCUCGCCGCAGCAGAGCUCCUGCUGCCCCUGGGCCAGGGCCACCGCAUAGGUUUCGUGGGGCCGCCAGGCACCGGCAAGAGCGCGGCUCUGCGGAUGCUUGUGGCCUCGCAGUCCGCGGACACCGCCGUCGUUUACGCCGCUGUUCGCUCGCAAGAUCGCUUGCGCUCCGAGUUCGAGGCCCUGGGCCUGAAGGAUCGCGACGCCCCGGCCGUCAUCCUUUCUGCAGACCCGCGCGCGGCAGCGGCCGAGCGCUACUUCCUGGUUCUUUCUGCCCUGCGGCUGGCGAGCAGCUUGCGGAAGUCCCAUCGACAUGUGCUGCUGGCAGUGGAUGACUGCAUGAACUUUGCAGAGGCCGCCGGGGAACUUAAUGGAGUCCCUCCAGUGCCACCGGCACAG